UAAAGGUGGCCAGCCGGGACCGCGGCUCCCAGACGGGCUCUGCGAGUCCCUCUCCGAGAGCCGGGUGGGCACGCGUCAUUGUGUUACCUGCGGCCGGCCCGCGAGCUGGGCUUCGGGUUUUUUUUUUCCUCCCCUUUCUCCCUUCUUUCUGUGCAGCUGAUCUGAAAGGGAAUAAAAGACCGCGCAUAAUCAUAAUAAUAAAAGAAGGGGAGCGCGAGAGAAGGAAAGAAAGCCGGGAGGUGGAAAAGGAGGGGGAGUGCCUCAAAGAAGCGAUCAGAAUAAUAAAAGGAGGCCGGGCUCUUUGCCUUCUGGAACGGGCCGCUCUUGAAAGGGCUUUUGAAAAGUGGUGUUGUUUUCCAGUCGUGCAUGCUCCAAUCGGCGGAGUAUAUUAGAGCCGGGACGCGGCGGCUGCAGGGGCAGCGGCGACGGCAGCACCGGCGGCAGCACCGGCAGAAACACCAGCGCGAACAGCGGCGGCGGCGUCCCGAGUGCCCGCGGCGCGCGGCGCAGCGAUGCGGUCCCCACGGACGCGCAGCCGGCCCGGGCGCCCCCUGAGCCUCCUGCUCGCCCUGCUCUGCGCCCUGCGAGCCAAGGUGUGCGGGGCCUCCGGCCAGUUCGAGUUGGAGAUCCUCUCCAUGCAGAACGUGAACGGGGAGCUGCAGAACGGGAACUGCUGUGGCGGCGCCCGGAACCCGGGGGACCGCAAGUGCACCCGUGACGAGUGUGACACGUACUUCAAAGUGUGCCUCAAGGAGUACCAGUACCGCGUCACGGCGGGGGGACCCUGCAGCUUCGGCUCGGGGUCCACUCCUGUCAUCGGUGGCAACACCUUCAACCUCAAGACCAGUCGCGGCAGUGAACGCAACCGUAUCGUUCUGCCUUUCAGUUUCGCCUGGCCGAGGUCCUACACUUUACUUGUGGAGGCGUGGGAUUCCAGUAACGACACUGUCCAACCUGACAGCAUUAUUGAAAAAGCUUCUCACUCGGGUAUGAUAAACCCCAGCCGACAGUGGCAGACCCUAAAGCAGAACACAGGGGUGGCCCACUUUGAGUAUCAGAUCCGUGUGACCUGUGAUGACUAUUACUAUGGCUUCGGCUGCAACAAGUUCUGUCGACCCAGAGAUGAUUUCUUUGGACAUUAUGCCUGUGACCAGAAUGGCAACAAAACUUGCAUGGAAGGCUGGACGGGCCCCGAAUGUAACAAAGCUAUUUGCCGACAGGGCUGUAGUCCCAAGCAUGGGUCUUGCAAAUUCCCAGGUGACUGCAGGUGCCAGUAUGGCUGGCAGGGCCCGUACUGUGACAAGUGUAUCCCGCACCCGGGGUGUGUCCACGGCACCUGUAACGAGCCCUGGCAGUGCCUCUGUGAGACCAACUGGGGCGGGCAGCUCUGCGACAAAGAUCUCAAUUACUGUGGGACUCACCAGCCGUGUCUCAAUCGGGGAACUUGUAGCAACACGGGUCCUGACAAAUACCAGUGUUCCUGCCCUGAGGGCUAUUCAGGACUCAACUGUGAGAUUGCGGAGCACGCCUGCCUCUCUGAUCCCUGCCACAACAGAGGCAGCUGCCGGGAGACCUCACUGGGGUUUGAGUGUGAGUGUUCUCCGGGCUGGACCGGCCCCACGUGCUCCACAAACAUUGAUGACUGUUCUCCAAAUAACUGUUCCCAUGGGGGCACCUGCCUGGACUUGGUUAAUGGAUUUAAGUGCAUGUGCCCACCCCAGUGGACUGGCAAAACAUGCCAGUUAGAUGCAAAUGAAUGUGAGGCCAAACCUUGCGUCAAUGCCAAAUCCUGUAAGAAUCUAAUUGCAAGCUACUACUGUGACUGCCUCCCAGGCUGGACGGGUCAGAACUGUGAAAUAAAUAUUAAUGACUGCCUUGGCCAGUGUCAGAAUGACGCCGCCUGUCGGGAUUUGGUUAAUGGUUAUCGCUGUAUCUGUCCACCUGGCUAUGCAGGCGAUCACUGUGAGAGAGACAUCGAUGAAUGUGCCAGCAACCCCUGUUUGAAUGGGGGUCACUGUCAGAAUGAAAUCAACAGAUUCCAGUGUCUGUGUCCCACUGGUUUCUCUGGAAACCUGUGUCAGCUGGACAUAGAUUAUUGUGAGCCCAAUCCCUGCCAGAAUGGUGCCCAGUGCUUCAACCGUGCCAGUGACUAUUUCUGCAAGUGUACUGAGGACUAUGAAGGCAAGAACUGCUCCCACCUUAAAGACCACUGCCGCACCACCCCCUGUGAAGUGAUUGACAGCUGCACAGUGGCUAUGGCUUCCAACGACACGCCUGAAGGGGUGCGGUAUAUCUCCUCGAACGUCUGUGGUCCCCAUGGGAAGUGCAAGAGUCAGUCGGGAGGCAAAUUCACAUGUGACUGUAACAAAGGCUUCACUGGAACGUACUGCCAUGAAAAUAUUAAUGACUGUGAGAGCAACCCCUGUAAAAAUGGUGGCACUUGCAUCGAUGGUGUCAACUCCUACAAAUGCAUCUGCAGCGAUGGCUGGGAGGGGGCCUACUGUGAAACCAACAUUAACGAUUGCAGCCAGAACCCCUGCCACAAUGGGGGCUCGUGUCGUGACCUAGUCAACGACUUCUACUGUGACUGUAAAAAUGGGUGGAAAGGAAAGACCUGCCAUUCACGUGACAGCCAGUGUGACGAGGCCACAUGCAACAACGGGGGCACCUGCUAUGAUGAAGGGGAUGCUUUCAAGUGCAUGUGUCCUGCAGGCUGGGAAGGAACAACCUGCAACAUAGCUCGAAAUAGUAGCUGCCUGCCAAACCCCUGCCAUAACGGGGGCACCUGUGUCGUCAACGGCGAGUCCUUCACAUGUGUCUGCAAAGAAGGCUGGGAGGGGCCCAUCUGCACUCAGAAUACCAAUGACUGCAGCCCUCAUCCCUGUUACAACAGUGGCACGUGCGUGGAUGGAGACAACUGGUACCGGUGCGAGUGCGCCCCUGGUUUUGCGGGGCCUGACUGCAGAAUAAAUAUCAACGAAUGCCAGUCUUCCCCUUGUGCUUUUGGGGCAACUUGUGUGGAUGAGAUCAAUGGCUAUCGGUGUGUCUGCCCCCCAGGGCACAGUGGUGCCAAAUGCCAGGAAGUUUCAGGGAGACCUUGCAUCACCAUGGGGAGUGUGAUACCAGAUGGGGCCAGGUGGGAUGAUGACUGCAACACCUGCCAGUGCCUGAACGGACGGAUUGCCUGCUCAAAGGUCUGGUGUGGUCCUCGAUCUUGCCUGCUCCACAAAGGGCACAGCGAGUGCCCCAGCGGGCAGAGCUGCAUCCCCAUCCUGGACGACCAGUGUUUUGUCCGCCCCUGUACAGGUGUGGGCGAGUGUCACUCUUCCAGCCUCCAGCCAGUGAAGACCAAAUGCACUUCUGACCCCUAUUACCAGGAUAACUGUGCAAACAUCACGUUCACCUUCAACAAAGAGAUGAUGUCUCCGGGUCUUACCACAGAGCGCAUUUGCAGCGAAUUGAGGAAUUUGAGUAUUUUGAAGAAUGUUUCUGCUGAAUAUUCAAUCUACAUAGCUUGUGAGCCUUCCUCUUCUGCAAACAAUGAAAUACAUGUGGCCAUUUCUGCUGAAGAUAUACGGGAUGAUGGAAACCCUAUCAAGGAAAUCACCGACAAAAUUAUAGACCUUGUUAGUAAACGUGAUGGGAACAGCUCACUUAUUGCUGCUGUGGCAGAAGUGAGAGUUCAGAGACGUCCUCUGAAGAACAGAACAGAUUUCCUGGUCCCUCUGCUGAGCUCUGUGCUCAGCGUGGCGUGGGUCUGUUGCUUGGUGACGGCCUUCUACUGGUGUGUGCGGAAGCGGCGGAAGCCCAGCAGCCACGCGCGCUCGGCCUCGGAGGACAACACCACCAACAACGUCAGGGAGCAGCUGAACCAGAUCAAAAACCCCAUCGAGAAGCACGGGACCAACACGGUCCCCAUCAAGGACUACGAGAACAAAAACUCCAAAAUGUCAAAAAUAAGGACACAUAACUCGGAGGUAGAGGAGGACGACAUGGACAAGCACCAGCAGAAAACCCGGUUCACCAAGCAGCCGGUGUACACGCUGGUAGACAGAGAGGAGAAGCCCCCCAACGGCACACCUGCCAAACACCCAAACUGGACAAACAAACAGGACAACAGAGACCUGGAGAGCGCCCAGAGCUUAAACAGGGUGGAGUACAUCGUAUAGCAGACGGCGGGCGCCACCUCCGCCGCUAGGUAGAGUCCGCGGGCGCAUGGGGCCAUAGUUCUUUAACUGUCUAGUCUGGUCUGAGGCUGUUGUUGACUUAGAAUCCCUGUGUUAAUUUAAGUUUUGACAAGCUGGCUUACACUGGCAAUGGUAGUUUCUGUGGUUGCCUGGGAAAUCGAGGGCUGCAUCUCAGAGCUAUGCAAAAACCAGUCCAAAGUGCCCGAGUGCACGGUCCCUGCAGCCGACAGGUCUCGGAUCAGGCGCCCAGCAGAAGGCCCCGCCCCUAGGCCUUGAGCUUCCAUUUCUGCCAGGUUUCUCGAUGGUGAUGCAGUCUUAGGAUCAUAGUUUUAUUUAUAUUUAUUGACUCGAGUUGUUUUUGUAUAUUGGUUUUAUGAUGACGUACAAGUAGUUCUGUAUUUGAAAAGUGCCUUUGCAGCUCAGAACCACAGCAACUAUCACAAAUGAGUUUAUUAUUUAUUUUUUUUAUUGUAUUUUGUUGUUGGGGGAGGGGGGGACUUUGAUGUCGGCAGUUGCUGGUAAAAUGAAGAAUUUAA